AUGUUGAUUGAAAAAUGGAAGGAAGGAUGGACACCUAAAUGGUCCACUCUGCAAAUUGAAUAUUCUGAGAGUCUAGAUGUUGAUUACUGUGUCAAUGAGCCAAAUGCUGAAAUCAAACCAACUGAACAACAUGAUGCAGAUGCAGAGCUGCUUAUCAGUUGGUAUAGAAUAAGAGCUGAAGAACAAAUACACGAUUUCGAGUUGUACGAAACCAGAUGUCAUAUCAUCAGACGAUCAGAUGAGUGCAUUCUAACAUUUUCAACGAAAUUCGAGAAUUACGGAAGAAUGAAGAUUGUUUCAAAGUCUGAUGAAGUGUCUCAUGAUAGAGUAUACUCCAAGUAUUUUAUAUGA